AUGGAAGAUAUCGCCGUACAGGCGUCCGGAAAUGUAAACCGUACAGAAACCGAUCUUUUACAGGCCCUAUUCCGCACAGAGCCUGGGUAUCAAGGGCUGGAAUCUCUGCUGGCAAAAUUUCGCUCAGCAUGUCAAGAUUUCCUCUUCAUCGACUUCAGGGCCGCGGCCGAAAAGAAAGUCGAAGACCGUCUGUGGAAUGCUCAUAUGAAGGUCAACUCGAAGUUCAGGCAAUACCUUGCCAACUUCCGGGAAGGAGAAGGCAAGAAGAAGGUUGUUGAACGUCGAAAGGUCGAGAAGCUCUAUUUGGAGUUCAUCAAGUCGAGCCAACGCUUCUAUCGAGAGUACAUCCAGCGGCUCGCCUCAAAUUUCAAGGAUGUCUCAGAGAUACUUGAGAUUGCCCAAGGGAUGAAGCUGGACACGCUCUCCGCAGACCCUCCGCAGACUGUUGACGCCGCGCUGAUGAAGCAACUCAUUGAUUCAUGUUAUUCGGCCCUUGUGCAAUUGGGGGAUCUCUCAAGAUAUCGGGAAACCGAAUUGCAGACAAAUAGGCGCAAUUGGGGUCCUGCUGUCGGUUACUAUAACAAGGCGGUCGCCCUCAAUCCUACAUCUGGCAGAGCAUAUAAUCAGCUCGCCGUCGUCGCUCGCGCUGAUGACGACCACCUACGAGCUGUUUACUAUUUGUAUCGAGCCAUCUGCCUGGAGCAUCCCGCUCCACAAGCUCAGGGAAAUUUGGACAUUGAAUUCAAGAGGCUCAUGCAAAAGUCGAACCAAGGCAAGCCCAUCUCGAAUGCCGAAUUGCUUGUUGAGGGUAGCCGCGAGCUCUAUGGCCGCUUCCUCAUAUUUCAUGCUAGUUGUCUGGGAAAGGACCUCUCUAGUCAAAAAGAUCAGCAAAUUGAAAUUCUUCGACUUCUCGAGGAGGAAAUUCGACAGCGAUCUGAGGCUACAGUCCUCAGAAAGUUCGCUUUGGUCAAUAUAGCAGCAGAGAAGUCUGCUGCACAGAAAGUCAACGCCGCUCGUUCUUUCGCGACUUUACAGUCGUUUAAUGUCAAAACCUUUUUCUUACUCCUCAGAGUCUUGCAUGGCGAACUGCAGAAGCUCGCGGGAGCAACCAUUAACAAUACAUCUACCUCAACGCAAGACUCGCCUCAAGUUCCUCUAGUGAUCCGCCGGGUUCUUCCCCAUUUGAGGCUGUAUAGCGGAUGGCUGCUGAGUACCGUGCACCUCCUGCUGGAGAACGAGGAUCUUGUUGUGUCUAUGCGGCAGCUGUGGCCAUUGUAUGUCAACACCCUGAACCUCCUUAUGCAGAUAUUUCCCCCUAAAGCUGCGGCCGAGAUUCAGUAUCUCCUUGACGAAGAUAUGGACACCAGAGCUUUCUCUGCAUUCAGUCCGUUCGUCAAAAAGGUACGUCUUUGCAAUCGCCAGGGGCGGGUGAAACAGGUACAUAGUGACGCCGCAUUUGGCCCUCGUUCUCCCGAAUACGAGAUGCUUUAUCGACUCAAGUGCAUAAUCACAGAUGGAGUAUUGCUUGCCAGUAAACAAGAUGAAUUCCAGGCCCUGUCUAUUCCUCUCACAUUUGCCAACAUGCGUUUCGUCUACCUCGAGGAAGGCGACGGUAUCACACGUACCGAGGUGCAAAUAACGACGUCGGCGGUUUACACCUCCGCUGCUUUAGAGGAGAGUAUCCCUGAUGAUAUCGGGCACGCUAUUCAAGACGAAAUUCCUGGACACCAAGCACCGAGCCAUCGAGGGGCGACUGUCGACGCUGAAACUUCAAUGACCUCUAGAAUGGAGAACAUGGUAGAAAAUCUCAUGCGGCCUGAAGCACCACCAUCUGUCAAAAGCACAGGAAGCGCGAUGUGCGGUCUUCCCUCAUCAACGCUGAGCGCUCCAAUGGUGCCACAGGGGUUUGUCGACAGAAGUACAUCGCAACUACAGCCUGCUCCCUUUACUGCUCGAGACCUCGUUCAGCGAAUUCAGCUGUCAUCAAGCGCAUCACAAUCUAGCGUGGUAGACCAGGCGGUCAACGUCGCAAUCUUACCUUCUAUCUUAAACACUCCAUUUGCACCACGACCAGGCGAAACGCCCGAAUCAUCUCCACGACCAAGGUCCGCCCAUCGAUUUCCCGAGUCGGCAUCGGCACCUGUUCGCCUGAGCAGUUCUGCCCAAUUCCAAGCCAACAUCAUGCACAUGCAGGAUCAGGCCCAAAUGCGGACGUCACCGCUAGAGUCGUUCGAGCCGACUCUGUCAAGUCACUAUGACACCUCUCCGAAUAUGCCAUCUUGGGUUCGGACGAAUGACCAGAUACAGCCUCAAUUUUCACCCUGGCGAACCUCGUUCGGCAGCGCAGUGCCUGUUCAGCAUACUGCCAUCUCAACCCGUCCUCCGGACUCCUCACCUUUUGGUGCGAUCGGCGAGCCGCGCCCGAAGAGCAGUCGGACGUCUACCAGCGGUCAGCCAGGAUGA